GCAUGUGGGACCGCCGGGGGCCGCCGCCCCCCCGCCCCCCUCCCCGCCCCGGACAAGGCGUUUAACGUGCCCAGGAGUGAAGUAUGGCAUGCAAGGAUGGUUUCUGCCAAGGAGCCAGCCAUCGCCAUGUCCUCGGGUCUCUCCAUCGCCCUCCUGCAUUGCCUGUGCCUGGCGACCUGUCUCACCGGGCCGCCAGGGCAGAUCAAAAAAGAGGAGAAAUUGUGGCCGGAGAAUUUCACCAGCAUCCUGAACAGCCUCCUGGAUGGCUAUGACAACCGGCUGCGACCGGGAUUUGGGGGUCCUGUUACUGAAGUCAAAACAGAUAUAUAUGUCACCAGUUUUGGACCUGUUUCUGAUGUAGAAAUGGAAUAUACAAUGGAUGUCUUCUUUCGUCAGACAUGGGUAGAUAAAAGAUUAAAAUAUGAUGGCCCUAUUGAAAUUUUAAGACUUAACAACUUGAUGGUUUCGAAGGUAUGGACUCCUGAUACUUUCUUCAGGAAUGGGAAAAAGUCUGUUGCACAUAAUAUGACAGCCCCAAACAAACUCUUCAGAAUAAUGAGAAAUGGCACCAUCCUGUACACAAUGAGGCUUACAAUAAGUGCAGAGUGUCCCAUGAGAUUAGUGGAUUUUCCCAUGGAUGGUCAUGCUUGUCCUCUCAAAUUUGGGAGUUAUGCUUAUCCAAAGAGUGAAAUGAUUUAUACCUGGACAAAAGGACCUGAGAAGUCAGUGGAAGUUCCUGAGGAGUCUUCCAGUUUAGUUCAGUAUGACCUUCUUGGGCAUACGGUGUCCUCUGAAACUAUUAAAUCUAUUACAGGUGAAUAUAUUGUUAUGACAGUUUAUUUCCAUCUCAGACGGAAAAUGGGUUAUUUUAUGAUUCAGACCUAUAUCCCAUGCAUUAUGACUGUGAUCCUCUCUCAAGUUUCAUUUUGGAUAAAUAAGGAAUCCGUUCCUGCUAGAACUGUAUUUGGAAUAACCACAGUGUUGACCAUGACGACACUGAGCAUCAGUGCAAGACAUUCACUGCCAAAAGUAUCCUAUGCUACUGCCAUGGACUGGUUCAUAGCAGUUUGCUUUGCCUUUGUGUUCUCUGCCCUUAUUGAGUUUGCUGCUGUCAACUAUUUUACUAACAUUCAAAUGGAAAAAGCCAAAAGGAAGACAGUAAAGUCCCUUCUUGAAUUUCCAGUCGCUCCAGUACAAAGGAAAAGAAGUACAGAAGAGACAUUCACGAGUACAGAUGCCAAUUCAAAUGUGAGGAAAAGAACGAAUGCCACGGUACAGUCCGAAGCCGACGGUGGGAGCCGAAUCGACACAAGGCACAGCUCUGUCCAGCCUCCCUCUGUAGCUCAGGGGUCUUCUGACAUUACACCCCACUCCCUUUCUGCAUCGAGUCCCAACCCCUUCACACGAAUCAACGCAUCGGAGACAUUAUCUUCUGCAAGAGCCACCCCUCCUGCUCCUCCUUCUACCCCGAUUUUAACUGGAUUUGUAUCCCAGCAUGCCACAGCUGGAUCCCCUUCCAUUCAGCACUUGCUUGGAUCUAGACUGGAGCAGAUCCAGACCACCACACCUAAUGCAUUAGGAGCAUCUGCAAAGCCAUCUGCUGUCACACCACCUCCUCCCCCCGCCUCCCACUCUGGCACGAGUAAGAUAGACAAAUAUGCACGCAUUUUAUUUCCUGUUACCUUCGGAGCAUUUAACAUGGUCUACUGGGUGGUCUAUCUAUCCAAGGACACCAUGGAAAAAUCGGAAAGUCUAAUGUAGUUUUGCUGCUAUGUAGUAGUUCCUAAAUUAUACUCACAUUUGAUGCAGAGUUUCUUCUUUUGAAACUAUUUUAAAAGGUCAGUAAUUCUUAUUUAUAAAAGCUGUGUGCUACUUUCCCAUUCUAAAGGCUGGAGUUAGUGGGGAUAAUUAGUUAACUCUUAACAGAGUAAUGGGUAACAGUAAUGGGUCUUCCUCCCUUCAGCCAGCAAUGAACCAACCCUUGCUUGAGACAAACUACUCUGGCUGCACAGAACUUGCAUUUGGGAGGAACAUGCACCUGAAAAAAAAUCAGAGGCAGAGGUGCACAGCUGUGCAGUGGAACACAUCUGACUGCUAGGAAUAUACAUGUUGGCUAUUACAAAUGCCUGAGGCAUCCAGCACUGCUGUCUGGACACAGCAUUGCAUUCUCCGAGUAUGAGGUCUAUGUCCUGAAUAUUUUGACAGUGGUUGCUGGGAAAGGACUUUCUCUGCUAGAUUAAAAUGGACAGAAUGGGGGGAAGAAAACCAAUAGUGGGAAGAGUGCAGAGAGUCCAGCCUGGGAGAGUGCAACUCCAGGAAAGUUAUGCAAAGGAGUUGUAGAGCUCCGUAUAUUUUUACUAAGCAUUAUUUUGCAUUGUAACCUGGGAAAUUCUCACACGAAAACUAAGAAUGAGUGAACCUUGUAAAAUCUGAAAUCUGAUGUAAUCCUCAAAAUUGGAUUUCCUUAUUUGGUAAGGUGAUCUUAAGUGGGUGAUUCUUCUUUGACCUUGCUUACCAGCUUGAGUGAAUUUAUUCCUAAAUUACAUCAAUUGCAGUAGAUGAGGACCAGACCACAAUGUCCAACUUUUUAUAUGAAUUCUUUGCUUUUUCUUUGGAUGCUUUGAGGUUUGGGGUUUGGGUUGGUUUUGUUUGUUUUUUCCUCAUACUUUUGUUACACUCCUGAUUUCCUUUAAACACAUACUCCAUUGUCCCCUCCUCCCCUCCCUUAUAUAAUUUUGUGUCAAGUUAAAUUUUCAACACAGUUUUAAAAGUGGCUUCAAAAUUAAGCUAAAAAAGCCCCAUUUCCUGUGCAUAGAUGAGUGUGGCAUGUCACUGAGUGAAUGAAAGACACCCUUUUUGAGAAGGACUGCUGUGAUAUAAAUAAGAAAGUAAAUUUCUAGGUGGAUCCCAGGAUAAAAAAGUUAAUAUAUGAUCCAUUUGUUACUUUAAACUGUGGCAUAGAUAGGUGCUUUUCCUACCAAAUUGCAGUAUGCAAACAGGCAACAUUAUUAAAGAGUUGAGUAGUUCAACCUGAUAGAAAUCAUGAUCAUAAAUGUUAUUUUCCCUAGAAUGGCUUGAAAACAUAUUUCCGAUAAGAACGAGAAAUGUUUGUACAGAUCUGUCUAGCUUGGCAAAUGGUUAGCAUUUCUGUGCAGGUGGCAAGUGAAAAUCGAAGGCCAGAUUCUCAGCUAUGAUCUGGCUUUAAAGGGUCUGGACUAAUCCUUAGCUUCAGUUGGUUGAAUAGCAGAUUGGCAGCCAAUUGUGAAAGUCUUGCGCUGCAGAGCAGAUCAGGCAGUGUUGAGUGGUUCUGUGCCCAGAUAAUGAUCAAGGGGCUGAUGGAGACGACAAGCUGCUGGCAACAAAGACAUGCCUAAGACUGCCCUAGACUAUGGUGGGACAAGAGUCAGGGUAAAAAGGGCCCAUAAUGGUGAAACUAUGACUGUGUCUCUGUCUCUCCAAGCCUUUUAGCCAGCUCAUGGCUGAGAUUCUGACCUUUAACUUAUGGGACCUGGGAGAUACCUGGCAAGACAUUAUACAGUGUGUAGUAUGGGUCCCAGAUGGUUCUUUCAUGUGUAAUAAUGAACUGUAGAUGAUAGAAUGCAAUGGGAUGGUCUUACGUAACUUUAUUAUAAUGGAGUGAUAUAAACAAUUGCCUUAGUCUUUCUUUUACUUAAGGGAUGCUCUCAAAAGGCCAGGUAUGGUUCUUUCCUUUUUCAUCUUUUACAUCUAGAAGAUGCCUGAGAUUACUGCACAGUUAGAAAAACUUUGUGGCGUAUCACAAACUGGAAAUGGAGCACCCGUGCAAGAUGUCUAACUGCAGUAGUUCAUAUUUUUGGAUGUACUGCUGGUUGCUGUAGCUGUUUCCUCUCCAAUUAGGUCACAUUUGUAAGAAUUGUUAGAAUAGAAGAUAGUAUGCAAGAGAUUAUUUAUUUGGUUAAGCCAGAAUAAACACAGCUAAGCCUCUGGCAAUUAUCAUUGUGCAAAUGAUACAAUACUUCUAGCUUGAAGAACAGUGACCUGCUGUGUGGAGAACCUAGUAUUUGCACCAGAAGUUGCUGAAGGUACUCUUUGCUUUCUUCCUCUGUGAUGGAAAUCAAGGAUAUUUUCUCACAGGCAGAGCUUUAAACAAUUCGUUAGAAACAGUUGUCUGUUCCUUCCACCCAUCCUUGUAGACUGAUUUUAUAAUCAGCUUUUUCUGGUGCAUUGUUCAGUGGGCUCAACACUAGUUCAGGCUAAGCUUGAUCUAAAUGUGCUGCUUGAAUUCACUUAUAGUUUCUGUUUAAUUUUAAAUACUUAUAAGAAGGAAAAAGCAUUGCAAAAAUAAUAAAUUCUAAAUAUUUAUUUCUAUGCUUCCAUUUUGGGUGAAAUUUUAAAGACACCACAGAAGAAGUUACGUAUUUAAAAUCUGCCAGUGAGUUUCUGAAGUACCUUCCAACAGUCCAUGCCUAAAUUCAAAAAGAAGUACAUAAAAAAAUCAUUAUGAAUCUAGGACUAAUUUAUUGAACUGUACUACAUUUUUAUGUUGUGGCAUAUGAAGAAAUUGCCAUAAUUACCUUUCCAAAGUACAUGUGGACAAUGUAAAUAGGAAUUUAUUGUUAACAGUUGUUCUUCAUUAUUUUUAAUCUCCCUGGAUGAUCAGAAACGGUAAAACAACAAAGAGCAGGCAAUAUGCUCAGUGACACCAUAACUUGGAAGCACAAAAGGAGGAAUAUGCUAAAUAUAGCAGCUCAAAUGUUCAAAACUACUAACUAAAAUCCUAAAGGAGAACAUUGCAGGUGUCAUUUCAGUGACCAAAUAGUUCAUUAGAGUUGAGCUUCAGUGAAAUGAACUCUACAAGAGCUAUAUUUUCUGGUGUUUGUUCUUUUUUUCUGUUGGCAUUGUAGAAUAAUCUUUUUUUUUUUUUGACAGUAGCAUAGUGGUUUAAAAAGUAAGCAAACACUUCAGAUAAGUUCACAUCUAUCAACAGGAAAGGAAACUAGACAGAAAGACAAAAAAUCUUUACAAGGAAACAGAGCUAGUUCUCCACUGACAUUUCCUUGGAGACAUUGUUAGCAGCAGCAAAACUCCCACAUAUUGCAGUGAUGCAGCCCUGACCACUAAUGCAGUCACUUGAGAAAAACAGUUAAAAGCUUUGUUCAGGAAGGUUGCCCCCACAGGAACUGAAGUGUGGUUUGUAGUCAAUUGUGAGUCCACCGUUAACAGGCUUCACUGCAAUUGUGAAAAUAAUGAAGAUGAGAAAGUAGCAAACUUAGACCUUCAAGGGGACCUGAACCCUUAGAGCUCACCAGAACUACUGGAGUCUGGUUUUCCUCCUAUUAAAAUGGACUUGUCUCCAUCAAAUGGAGGUUGGUAGUGCAUUUCUUAUCUCAUGUGUCUUUGAAGGGGUAAAAAGUAGGCUUUUUAAACUGUUUAGUUAUCCACUCUACAUUACUCUUUGAUCAGGCAAGUAAACUGGAUGAUAAUUGAAUGGAAGAGGUAAAUAGUUUAAUGAGGAAUGUGAUUAGAACUCUUGUUUAACAGGAGCUAAGAGUUAUUGAUUACAGGGUGUUUAAGUGUAGCCUUUGGCAUCUCAUCAUCAUCAUCAUUCAGAAUGCACCUUACAGAAAUAGUACCAAGUAAAUGUAUUUAAUAGGAUCUAACCAGUAUUUCUACAAAAAAUUGAAUGAACUCAGCUUUUUGAUCUGCCCAGAAUUCCAUGUUUUUCCACUGUAUUGUGUACCUCCUGUAUGUCAUUUGGCCUCAGUGCACCUUAGUGCUGUAGCUCAUUGCGGGCCAUGCGAGAACGUCAGGGUAUGCAGUAUCUAUUUAUCCAAUUUAUCCAAACCCUAGCUUCCCAUAUUCUUUGUUCUGUUAGAAGUGUAAGGAAGGCCAGAAUGGAAGAAAUUACACACAGGCUUUGUAAGAGACACACAUUGGCCAUCUGGGACACUUUCCCAUACAUACUACAGAUUUCUUAGGAGAACCUUUUUCAGUGUGCUCUAGCACACUAUACAUCCAAAUCCCAAAAACUGCCAAGGGGUCUGUUUGGACAACAGAGUACAUCAUGGACUUUGCACACUUCUUAUAACUUUUGCUUGAAUUAGAAGAUUAGGGAGGAAAUAAAUUUUGGUGGGUUGUCCCUUGUCUUCCUGGGGCUUGGCAAGAGGGCUUGACCUCACUAAAAUAGAAGGGGUUUGUGAGGCUAGCACUGUUAUGAAUUGCAAAAUUUCAUAUUCAAUGAAAAUCCAAAGGUCAAAGAGCAUUAUGGAGGUUAGUAUUAACCACCAGACACCAACCCCCAAAAAACAGGGGAAAAAGAAUCCAUGAAGAAAUUUAAGUUAAAUGAUGGUAGCAUCUUUUAGAAUUAUUUAUUUCUUUGUUUGUUUGUUUGUUUUUCCAAGACCUUGUAUUUCUUUCACUGUGGGCUUCCAAGGUGAGUUUACACUUUUUAAGAACCUCUGCUGGUAUCCACUGACACCAGUAUGUGUUUUUCAUUUACUUCAGUGCACUUUAAACAGGAAGUUUACUGGAAUGAAAAAUGUGCCAUUUUGAGAGUCUGAUAUGUGUUAAUUUGUACAGUCUUCAUUUGUAGGCCUCUCCUCAGAGUCAAGAUGUAGCUAUUUUGGAGAAAGUGAGUGUGGUGAGAGUUUCAGCGUGUUCUGAGUAAAUCAGACUCUGAAAGUAAAUUUUUGCCACGUCCUAGGCAAGUGAGAGUAGUGCGAAGUACAGAGCAUCCUGUAAAGAUCUCUCUUUGCUAAUGUUAUAUGCUGUGUUAAAUGGAGGAAUGAAAAAUGCAAUUAUCAUAAAAUUGAUAGAAUUUGUAAAGCAUACUUUGUUUUCACAUGAGUUAGAAAUGUGGUAGGUAUUUAUUUCUGAAUUGAAUAGCAUUGUCUUCUAGUCCCUAACUUACUGCAGCUGAAAGUACCUCUUAGACUUUCUUAUGCUUUUUGUAUUAUUCCACUGAAAAGAAUUUUAAAAACCCAGUUAAUAUCCACUGCAGUUCACUGUAUUUUUUGGUCAUAAUUCUAUUUUCAUUUUCUUGUGCAAGAGGAAUUGAGAGCAUGAUGACUUCUUCAAAAUAAAAAUAACAGCAGGAAAACAAAAGCCUUGGAGAUUACCUUUUUUAAGAAAACCUUCUGAACUCCCAUCAGUUUUUGAAUGAUUUUUAAAACAAAUAGUGUAGUUUUAGCAUUUAAAAAUACUAAUACUGUUGCAGCCUGGAUACAUAUGUACAAAGAACUCUUGAAAUAAUAUAAUUUCCCUGAAUUUUAAGGAGGCAAACUCAAGAUGCACUUGCUAAUAGUUCUGUAUUGAAAGACUACCUUUCUGGGUGGAAAGCACCAUGUGAGGUAGGUAUUUUUUUUUAUUAUUGUCUUCAUAUAACUAUUUUCAAGAAAAAGAUCUGGAGGAAGAGCGUGGUAGAAUUAAUCUGAAUUAAUCUUCAAAUAGCAUGAAGAUCUGGGCUAUUUCCUGCUGGUCAGUUUCCUGUUGUGUCAACAUUUGCUUAGUGUUUUUGUGAAUGCUGUAUCCAGGUUGCUGUUAACUGACAUAGCAAUCUAUGGAUGAUCUGAUGACCUAAAGAAACACAAAAGGAGAAAUCAUUGUUUAUGAAUAUGAAUAUGUUUUCAUCCUUGGAAAACACUUAACUGGAGUUUGGUAGAAGAAGCAGAUGACAGUAAGAAGAACUCAGCUGUACUUCUGAGCUAAAUACAUUGAAAAAUUUAGUUGAGUACUGCUUUGUCUUGCAUCAUCAUCAUCUUGUGCUGGUGGCUCAUCUCCAUGGUAAGUAAAACUGCUACGAGGAUGGAGGACUCAGAAGUAAAGAACAUCUACAAGUAUUUCUUCAAAGUUAUUUUGAAAUAUGAGAUAGCUAAACUCAUUACUAACAGUAACAUCAUAGUACGCUUUAUAUUUGCAAGCUUGAAAAACCUCCUUUUCUGUUAGGAUAUCAGAAGGUUGUCAAAUGAGCUUUUCAUAAAUAGAUGAUUCUGUACAUGUAUUUCAUUUUUAUUAAUUUGUGGCAACAUUCUCUAUCACCAGACAACUGGUGGAGAUUUGAGGUGUUUCAGAUAACCAGAGUUCUUGAGCAAUUUAAAAUAUUUGUUUUAUGGAUACAUGCCUUUGCAAAUCAAUACCGACAGUGCUUUUGUGGUGAAAAUUAAUCCACCAGUGAAAAAUCCUGGCCUUGAAUACUCAACCCAUAUUUGAAGGGCUGAUGAAGUGCAUUGGGCAGGGCAGAACUCAGGGCAUGUUUACUCUGAGAGGCUUCUGAAUUGGAGCUGGCUUAUGUCCUGCCAUCUUCCAAAGCAGUCUGCACCAGAGAGACUAUAAGCAGAAUCCAUGGGCUUUUUGCAACCUUUUUUUGACUCCACCAUAAAACUGUACUACUGCUGAAUGUAGUGCCCUCAUCUUCUUUAUUGCCUUGCUUUCUGUGUGGGGAAGAAUUUCAGUGCUUGUGGGGGAGCAGGCUGACAUAACUUGUCUAGCUGAACCCCCAGUUUUGACUUGUUUCCUUUUGGCUGGUUGGUAGCAGUGGGAUCUGUUCUGAUCUGGCUCUCAUCUUAGUGCUGGUACAAAGGAGGGUGUGAGGAGCCUGGGCUGAUGCUUUGAGCUGGUGUGAAACCACAGUCUGAGGAUUCUUGUCUUACCUCCACUGUCAUUAAAACAGAGGCUCUCUCAGGCUUUCUCAAACCUCCGGUGCCCCCUGUGGUCAUUUUUCCUUCACAAAGGUGGUUUUGUGAAUUGUAUCAAUGACAAAUCAUGGACUAAAAAAAACUGAACAAAACAAGAGGCCAGAGUUGUUGAAAGAGCCAAAAUCAAUGAAGUUAUUUGAUGAGAGAGAAAAGAAGGAGAUGGGAAAACAUGAGUAUGGAUGAAAAAUUUUGUUCCUUGCUACCAAGCAGUUAUUUUAAGAUAUGUCCUAUUAGAGGUACUAGAAUUGCAUCUGGCAGGAAACACCCUAGAAAUAAUUAUUUCUUCAUUAUAAGUAUAAUGAGAAGGUAAUAAAGAAAAGUGUCUAAUGUCCUAUUAUAAACAUUUGUGUUCCACUGAAGCUGUUUUUGAAAAUGGUAUUUUCAUUGUCAGCCAGGAAGAAUUAGGAGACAGAAUGGGAAGGGAAAAAGAAUGAGUUUUAUUAAGGAUUAAUGUUUCCCUUUGUUUUAGAACAUUUCUCUAGCAAAAAUGUAAACAUUAACAUUUUGUAAAAAAAUCUUUCUGGGGCUCUAUAUAUUUAAUUUUCAGUAAUGAAGCACUUUGGAAUAGCAUUUAAUUUGCUUUAUGUUUAAGAGACUAAAUAGAGAGAAUGCUGUCUCUGAUUUAAAUCAGUUAUCACAGAGGAUGUGGGUGAAGAAAACAGCUUUCAUUACAGUAACAACCAGAUUUUUUAAAGUAUCAUGCUUCCCUACUAAAUCUGAAGACUGCAUUCUUGUACCUGAAUUCACGGGAUCUGUUUACUGCUGAGAUAAUCCAGUCAGUGCUACAGCUUGUGGGCUGCAUCUGCAUUUAAAGUUGCCAUGGCUGAAAAUGUACAUCCACAACUUGGCACCUGCACAGCCUGGAUCCCACAAAAGACAAAGGUGAGUGUGUAGCCCACCGUGGGUGCACGAGAGCUGUUCAGUUGCUGGCGUGGGAGAAGAUGGGAGUCUGUGGUCAGAAACAGAGGGUAAGGAGAGUGGGACUGCCUCUUCCAGAGGCUGAGCAGAGCUUAUGUUGGAUUAAGCCACUUGUGAAAAUGCUCCCUAAACUCUUUUACAAAUAGACAGCUUAGGAGCAAGCUGAGAGCAAUGUGGAAUUUGACUCCAACUGUAAAUCCUGCACGAGGAUCAGCACAGUAAUCUCCCCUAAGGUUUCUGAUGCUGUGGCCAGAAGACUGAAGGGAUGUGAGGGAGCUCCUGCUGCCAGCUGGAAUGCCUUCUUGUUGCUGUGCAUCCAAGCUGUCCUGUAGUGCAACAGGAUUUUUGGAGUAACGGGAGUGGGAUGGAAGGUACUUCUUUGCAUUCCAAAAUAGGGCAGAAUGAAAACUUCCUUCAGAUCAGCACUGCUCAUAGGUGCUGUAACAGCACAGAACAUCCCAAAGGAGCACUGAGGUGUAUUGCAGUCUUGUCUUCUCCUUGUCUAUCUGCUAAAUGUUUUGAAAUGGGGAGGGGUGGGAAUGUCAAAUCCAGGUCUGGUAAUGAAACAGAAGAUGCUUAGGGCAUCCUACAGUCUCAUGCCAGCAGCUUGUGGGCUUUCCCAGGGACAGAACUGCAUCCCUGAUGAUUUUGUAGGUAUAAUUAUUAUGCCCCUACCAUCUCUUCUGUAACUUAAACAUUGGAAAAAGGGGGUUUCUCUUUGAUGCUCUAUUUUACUGCAUAAUUAUGCACAUUUCUCCAUUUUGCCUAAUUAUGAAGAAGAAAAUCAAGCUGAAUUCUUCUCAUUUUAAAAUUUUUUUUAGAGAUUUCCUCACCUGUCCACGUUACAAACUUCAGGAAGGUAGGAAACACUUCUGUGCAAACUUCUAUGAUUAUCUCACACAGGUAGCUUUUGUUUUUAAAUAAAAUCUCCAAUUUGGAGAAUAUUUAGUUAAAAUUUUAAAAUUUUAAAAACAAAAAUAUUUUCUCUGUACUGACAAUGUGAAUUUUAUUUGUAGACAUUUCACUUAGGAAGGUAAGGGGAAAUGUAUAUGGGUUUUCUGCUAAGAUAAACCAGGUGCUUAGCUGUGGGGUAUUCAGUAGCCAUUUCAUAAAUACAUGGAUUGUAUUUUUUAUCCUUUGGAGAAUGUGGAGAGGGUAUAUAAACAAAGGUGGGGAAAUUCUGUGGAGAGGUUUUAAAACACUACUUCUCACUUUCUCUCUGGCUAUCAUAUGCAUAAAUGUAGUGAAAUCAGAUAAGUGAGUGAAAAGAAGACAUUCUUUGAUCUUCACAUUCUCAGUUGAUCUUACUAAGUAUGCAAUUAACCAGCUUACCUGUAUACUUCCAGGUUUUCUUUCUGCUAUGCCAUGGGUGAACUGUGGAAGACCUAGGAAUUUUUAAGUUCAAUUUACCAGUCCAGUUAGGAGGGCACUCAAUGCUGGCCUUGCUGAGUUAGGAGCAUGUUUGUGUAAGUGAUGGAGCAAUCUGUUCAGUGGGAGAAGGUACCCCAGUUCUGGGUAAGAACAGCUGAGGUAAGAGGAGUUGAAUUAGGCUUAAGAGCUGCUCAUUAGCUGUUUUAGACUUCCCCAAUGAACAAUCUAAACCCACUCUUUGGCAUGUUCUGCUACUUUUGCACUGUUUUGAUUUGUUCAAGUUCUGUCCCUGGCUUUGCUCCCUUGCCUUGUGGCUGAGGUGAGGAGCAGCAGUUUCUGGGAUGAUGUGGGAUUCCCACAGCUUCCCUUUCAACCCGGGCUCUCUAUGCACCACAUCUCUGUCACCAGGUGGACUGCAGAACCUGGGCAGGGAGAGGGUGGGCAUCCAUGCCAGUGGCAGAUAAACCCUGGAGUCAAGCAGCAAGGCACAGUGUGAGUAGGGUGGGAGUCCCAAAAUAUGGCGUGUAAGGAUUUUUGGGUGGGCUUCAAGAUCCAGUGCUAGUGCAGUGGCAUGAACCAGCUUUGGCUGCUUGAAAUACAAGUCAGUUGUAGAACAGACAAAAGAUUUUCAGGUUUCUAAGUUUUCUGAAUGACUGCUAGCACUGCCAGUCCACUUGUGCUCUGUACUGCCUGCCUAGCAAGCAUACAGAGCAGAGACAGUAUGUUAGAAGUCUAUCUGCAGGUACAGUAUUUAACUUGCUGGUGGUAAGUAAACAAGGUGCCUACAAGUUGCCUGAGUAUCUUUUUCUCCUCACCUUUACCUACCACCCUUGCACUCUGCCAGUUCUGAUAUUCCAAACCGCUGGGGCACUUUGGUGAGCUGUUAAAAUCAGUCCAUCUGACGUGAUGAGAAUGAUGAGGAGCAUCCUUUCUCUUGCUCUUUCCACUCACAAAUUCACAGUUGAGAGGCAGACUGGGACAUACCAACUUCUCUGCUAAUUUGAAAUUUAAGACCUGUACCAACUGAAGAACCAGAAAAAAAAAAAAAAAGGAAUUUAUGUGAUUUGCAGCAGCUGCUAUAUCAUGUCAUUUUAAAGAUGAAAAUGAAGUAGGACAAACACCAAAAGGAAGAUGGUAUUUGCUGAUAUUUUGUUUUAGUGUAAGCUUUUGUUUUCCUGACAAGCCCUGUCCAUUGCAAACAAAACGUCUGGGUUUAGGCUUAGACACUGCAAGCAAGACUUCCAGUGAAAAAUAUGAAGCUUUUGGAAGUACUUGUAUCUUUUUUUCCUGUAAAAGUAGUGGCAUGCAGAAAAUAUGCACUUAAAGCAAGCAUAGUAAAAAUGCCUUUUAAACACCCCCUAUUGGAAAGUCCUACCUUCUCUGUCAGUAACUUACUACUUCUACAAUAGGUGGCUGUCCUAGAUGUGUGUUGCAAGAGUUCUUGUACCAUGCCAAAUUCUGAUGUUUAUCCCUUUGUAUUGGCUCAUACAUGGGGAAAAAUUGAAAGGGAAUCAAAGCAAGGGAAGCCUUUGGUUGAAUUCUUUUACACUAUUCUUGGUGCACAUUUCAGUUGCAUGGAACAAUGUGGCUGGCAAGGUUUGAAGAAUCAGAGGUUAACUAAAUUAUUUGAAUGAUAUGUUCAAUGCUGAUCACCUGACUACACUAACAAACUUAAAAGGUGGUUUGAUAGCUGUCAACUUGUUUUGCUAUUGUGCAGCUUAACUGUUACCUUCCUGUAUUAUGAACAUCUAUGUAUUUGGAAAAUAAAUCCAUCUUGCAAGAAAGAUUGUGAAAAAAAAAAUUGUUCCUAUUAUACUCCAGUGUAUAUUGCUGAUGUCAAAUAAAAUACAAUUG